AUGACAUUACUAAACAUAUCGCCUUCUCGCAUCCUGGGGAGGUUUUUCCCUUUACCACUACCCCCCGAUCUAUCAUUUGAGGGACAAACGGUUGUUGUGACUGGUGGCACGAGUGGACUCGGACUUGCGACUGCUACAAAAUUCUACAAUCUCGGCGCCAAUGUCAUCAUUUCAUGUCGAAACAUAGCAAAGGGGGAAGAGGUGAGAUCGAAAAUACUAGCGCAAUCGAUGAAUACAACGAGUAGUAAGGCGACUGUGAUGCUAGCGGAGCUUGACAUGAGCACAUAUGCGUCGUGUGUGAACUUCGUGGACGGGCUGAAACAAAAGCUGGAUAAUAGGGCUCCCGACGUCGUUGUACUUAGUGCCGGUAGCAUUAAUCCUAAAUUCGAACUAAGUCCUGAGGGUUGGGAGAAAACAAUCCAAGUAAAUGCCCUAAGUACAGCAUUGCUCGGCUUACUCUUGGUCAAUUGGAUGAAAGCAGACAGUAUAAAUCGUACCAGUCUCGCGCAUCUAGUUUUCGUAACAUCGCGCGACCAUCUGUACGCCGAUGUUUCGAAAUGGCCGGAGAUUGCGGCAGAUGAUGGGAUUCUACAUCACCUAAGCGACCCGAAAGAUUGGCCAGCGUGGUGGGUUGAUGAUCAGCCAAAUUAUGCGAGUAGCAAGAUGAUGGCCAUGUAUGCGUUUGACAAGAUAUGCAAGCUAGCGCUAGAUUCUGAUGAAGAGCCCCUUGUGAUAGUGAAGAGCGUUUGUCCUGGCACGGUAAAGACAAAUAUCGGCCGCGGUAUUGCAGCAGCAUCGUUUGUCUUGAAGAUCAUGACGCCCAUAUACUUGUGGGUUUUAGGCAAAACCUCAGAUCACGGCGCUCGACAUUGUGUGAAUGCUGCGAUCAAGCCUAAAUCAGAACAUGGUAAAUUCACAAUUGCCUGGUUGACGGACGAGCAAUAUCAGAAGAAAGCCAUUUUCAACAGGACGAGUGCAAACGGAAGGAAGGUUCAAGCUUUAGUUUGGAAAGAGAUGAUGGAUGAUUUCGAGUCCAAAAUUCCUAUUUUUGCGAAGAAGAAUGAGUAG